UACCCGAGGUGAUCCCGAGGUGACCCGUGCGCCACUUCAACACGGAAAGGACUGGCACGAAAUCAGCUCCCAUGAUCCUUCACUGUUGCACAUGCUUGCAAGGAAACAAAAUGGCGCUCUUCUGUUCAAUCAGCAAUGAAGUCCCUGAACACCCCUGUGUCUCGCCAUCCUCUAACUGUGUGUUUGAGAGAAGGCUGAUUGAAAAGUAUAUCGCUGAAAAUGGUACUGAUCCAAUAAGUGGUGAACAGAUAUCAGAGGAACAACUGAUUGAUAUCAAAGUGAACCCACUGGUUAAACCCAGGCCACCAUCAGCAACCAGCAUUCCAGCAAUCUUGAAAGCACUCCAAGAUGAAUGGGACGCCUGCAUGUUGCAUAGUUUUACUUUACGACAACAGCUUCAGACAGCCCGGCAAGAGUUAUCUCAUGCCUUAUAUCAGCAUGAUGCUGCCUGCCGUGUGAUUGCCCGUCUUACAAAGGAAGUGACUGCUGCUCGUGAAGCUCUGGCUACUCUUAAGCCACAAGCUGGCAUGGCAGUUGUUCCCUCUGCUGCUCCAGUUCAGAUGGAAGAGGCCAUGGAAAUUGGUGCCAAGCCUGGUGAUGAAGAGGGAAUGACAGAGGAAGUUCUGCAGAAGUUGCAAGACAAAGCAACUCUCCUGACUGCAGAACGAAAGAAGCGAGGAAAGAAGGUUCCAGAGGACUUGAGCACAGUAGAUGAGAUACGAUCUUACAAGCCAAUCUCUUCACAUGCAGUAAGUUGGAAAAAAGACAACAACAACAAGCUACAUGUAUCUGUAUUGUGGAUUAACAUUGCUGUUCUGUGUGUUAUUCAAUUUGUAGUCAGCAAUGAAGUCCCUGAACACCCCUGUGUCUCGCCAUCCUCUAACUGUGUGUUUGAGAGAAGGCUGAUUGAAAAGUAUAUCGCUGAAAAUGGUACUGAUCCAAUAAGUGGUGAACAGAUAUCAGAGGAACAACUGAUUGAUAUCAAAGUGAACCCACUGGUUAAACCCAGGCCACCAUCAGCAACCAGCAUUCCAGCAAUCUUGAAAGCACUCCAAGAUGAAUGGGACGCCUGCAUGUUGCAUAGUUUUACUUUACGACAACAACUUCAGACAGCCCGGCAAGAGUUAUCUCAUGCCUUAUAUCAGCACGAUGCUGCCUGCCGUGUGAUUGCCCGUCUUACAAAGGAAGUGACUGCUGCUCGUGAAGCUCUGGCUACUCUUAAGCCACAAGCUGGCAUGGCAGUUGUUCCCUCUGCUGCUCCAGUUCAGAUGGAAGAGGCCAUGGAAAUUGGUGCCAAGCCUGGUGAUGAAGAGGGAAUGACAGAGGAAGUUCUGCAGAAGUUGCAAGACAAAGCAACUCUCCUGACUGCAGAACGAAAGAAGCGAGGAAAGAAGGUUCCAGAGGACUUGAGCACAGUAGAUGAGAUACGAUCUUACAAGCCAAUCUCUUCACAUGCAGGUCUACACAGCGCAAGCAACCCUGGAAUCCUAGCUCUGGAUUUAUUUGCUGCUGAUACGUCCAGAGUCAUCACAGGUGGACUUGACAAAAACGCAGUGGUGUUCUAUCGUGACACAGAACAGGUUAUUGCAACUCUGAAAGGUCAUACCAAGAAGGUUACAAAUGUGGUCUAUCAUCCAUUUGAGGUAGUAAGCUUCGCCUUCUUCAUUGGUCUACACAGCGCAAGCAACCCUGGAAUCCUAGCUCUGGAUUUAUUUGCUGCUGAUACGUCCAGAGUCAUCACAGGUGGACUUGACAAAAACGCAGUGGUGUUCUAUCGUGACACAGAACAGGUUAUUGCAACUCUGAAAGGUCAUACCAAGAAGGUUACAAAUGUGGUCUAUCAUCCAUUUGAGGAUCUUGGUUUCACUGGAUCAACAGAUUCAACCAUCCGAGUGUGGUCCAUUCCGCAGGCAUCCUGCUCGCACAUAGUUAAGGCUCAUGAUCAAGCUGUUACAGGGCUUAGUCUUCAUGCAACAGGUGAUUACUUACUGAGCUGCUCAAUUGAUCAACACUGGGCUUUCUCUGAUCUCAGAACUGGCCAUGUACUCACAAGGUGUUUAUCAGACCCUAACAUCAAUCAAGGAUUAACUUGUGCCCAGUUUCAUCCUGAUGGUCUUAUUUUUGGAACAGGAACAACUGACAGCGUGAUAAAGAUUUGGGAUCUCAAGGAAGGUGCUAACGUCGCCAAAUUUCCAGGUCACUCUGGUCCAAUAACAGAUAUCUCUUUCUCAGAAAAUGGUUACUACUUGGCUACAUCCGCCGACGAUUCGGUUGUCAAACUGUGGGAUUUACGUAAACUGAAAAACUUCAAAACCAUAACGCUUGAGGAUAGAUUUGAGGUAAAAACACUGAGUUUUGAUCAGAGCGGUACAUAUCUGGCUGUUGGCGGCACUGAAAUCCAGAUUUAUCUCGUCAAACAGUGGGAGUUGAUCAAGUCAUUUGCAGAGCACUCUGGUGUGGCGACAGGAGUGAAAUUCGGCAAGCACGCUUCAUUCAUUGCAUCAGUCGGCCUCGAUCGCCAUCUCAAGUUCUACUCGCGGUAAAACUUGGCAACAUCUGUGGUCACACCUUCACGGAACAUAAACCUUACUACUAUUAAUCUUUUCUCUGUCUCGUGGGUACUAGGAAACUCUCAAGUCGACUGCAAUGGUCUCAGUUUUAUAGAAUGCGAAUCGAUACUUGGGUGCUGUUUAAAAGCAUCAUGGUUUGAAAUAUGUUAAGAAAAAAUCUGUAAAGUAGUAAGCUCUUAGAACUGUAAUCUCUUCACGCGAAAUCCUGGUUUAAUGUUCUCAAACAUUAUCUAUAAAGCCAAUUACUCCGAGAAAUAUUUCAAUGUUGACAUUUUGAGAGGUCAUUCUGUAUUAAGGACGAUCAUUUAAUUUCGUUUAGAUAUCAGCGGUUGUUUCAGCUUAGUAGUUACUAGCCCGACGACUUGGAAGGACAAUGUUCGGCGUCCUUUCAAGGUUACUUUGUACUGGAAAACAAGCGACAUGGGCCUAAAACCACCCUGGCUCGUCGCACUCGUAUUAUUUCUGAUCCUGAUUAGCCAAUCAUGUCAUAUGGAUACGACCUGUUGCUUAGCAACCUCUGACAGAAACUGCGGACUCACUCUAGGAUUUCUAACCGCGUCUUGUAGAGAAAAAAAAAAAAGCUGGACGAGUGCGCGCACUUUGAAAUCGCUCCGGGAGAGCGAUGACUCACCGUGUUUUGUCGGUUUUUUGAACAGUUGAUUAUUUGCCAGUCUUAAAUGGACCAAUUCAUACAUUCUCCUGUACUCCAGAGUUCCAGCAAUGCUUGCUCGCUCUCUUAUGACCCGGGCUACCACGGUUUGAAGUGAGCUGUUCAGUGUUAUUGCGUUUUUCCCGGCUUAUUGGCUGCAAUGGUCAGGCUAUUUUGCGUCUCUGGGUUUAGAUUUACGACAGGCUUUAGAGAGAUCAGAAACUGCUCCUGAUAUGUGUACAAAAGUUUGAUGGUGUUUUAUGUACUGUGUAAAAAAUUUCAAUCUUUUUUUAACUUAAAGAUAGCGUCAACUUGCUCCAAAUAAAAUGCAAAACUGUGUGGACUGAAA